AUGGCUGCCACAGUCCGUUCCAUCUUCUCCGACCUCCGCGAUCGCAUAACCCCUCCAACUCAUACCUCAACCUUCCUCACAACCGGGAAACUAACACCCGAAGAAUUCGUCUCCGCCGGUGAUUACCUAGUCUACAAAUUCCCAACCUGGUCAUGGUCUUCGGCUGCUCCCGGGAAGGCAAAAACCUAUCUACCCUCGGAUAAACAGUUUUUGGUCACAAAGGGUGUCCCUUGCCAUCGUAGAUUAGACGAUAACUUUGCUGGAUCGGCCGGGUUAAAUGAUAGGGUUGUUGAAGGUACAGAAGGAGGAGAGGGAGAAGAUGAAGGGUGGUUGAGUACUGGUGUUACGAAGAACGAAGAAGAAGGAGCGUCGACUGCUAAAGAUGUCAGAACGGUCGAUGAUAAAGGCCGAGUUGAGGAGAACGAUGAUUCGGAAAGUAUAGGUGAUAUGGAAGAUGAGGAAGAUGACUCCGAAGCUAUCAUCCGGGAUGGCGAUAACACUAAGACACCCCUCCGAACCUACACCCUCUACAUAACCUAUUCAACCUAUUAUUCCACCCCUCGAUUAUACCUAACUGGUCAACAUGGGUCAACCUCCACCCCUCUCACCCACGCCGAAAUGAUGCAAGACAUUGUAGGAGACUACCAAGACAAAACCGUCACAAUCGAAGAAUUCCCUUUCCUCGAAGGAAACCUUAAAAUGCCUUCGGUACACCCUUGCAAGCAUGCUAGUGUCAUGAGGUUACUAUUAGAUAGAGCCAACGCUGCUGCAAAGGCAAAGAAGAGAAGAGAGGCCGAGGCUGAGAAGGGGGCCGAGAGCGGUGGUGAGACUAGGGAGGAGAGAGAAUGGGAAGAAAUUGAUUAUUCUAAAACAUUGGCCGAAGCCAAGGAGGAAGAGAACGACCAGCAGGGUAAGGCCGAGGGCAAAGCUGUUAAUCCAGGUGACGAGGCAAUCAGAGCCGACCAAUAUCUUGUUGUCUUCUUGAAGUUUAUGGCUAGUGUAACACCGGGCAUUGAACACGACUACACUAUGGGUCUAUAA